GAUGGCCGGUUAAAGGAUAAAAACAGGCCCAAAAGCCCUCUUUCCGGAUUUGCCUGUUUUGUUCAAGUUAUUCGAGAUAAACAUCGUACCCUUCAUCCUGAUAAGAAUAUAAUCUUCAGCGAAUUUUCUAAAAAGUGUGCGGAGCUUUGGCGUGUAAUGCCCCCGAACAAGCGAGCUCCCUUUGAUGAGAUGUCAAAGAUAGACACCAAGCGCUACAAUCGAGAAAUGGGAGAAUAUGUCCAACAGCAACAACUAACUCCUCAAAAUUCGAUGGGAUCUGUUAAUUCCCAAUCCCUUAACCAAUCUGGCUACGAUGCUCCCCAUCAUUAUCAUCCUAUUCGAGGGGGAGGUGUAAAGCGAGUGCGUCGUCUAAAGGAUCCUGCUAUGCCCAAACGGGCUCUCUCUGCUUUUUUCUUCUUCUGUGAUCAACAGCGACCACAAAUUCGUGCAGCCCACCCAGAAUGGCGAGUUAGCGAGAUCGCCAAAGAGCUAGGUCGUCUCUGGGAUGAAUGCAGUGACAAAGCGCCAUUUGAACGCCAAGCUCAGAGUGAUAAACUUCGUUAUGAGGAGCAAAUGAGGCAAUACAAAGCGGGGACAUUCGUGUUGAACCCGAAGAGAAUGAGAGAGGAUCAUGGGAUGAACUCAAUUAAUGCAUCGUCUUCCUCAGCUAAUGCAUCGGCAUCUGCAAAUUGCUUUGAGAUUGAGGGAAGCAGAGAGGUUGACGAGAUGGAUGGUCAAGAUUACGAAGAUGAGGAAGACGAGGAAGAAGAUUCUGAAGAUGAUGAAUUUGAAGAUGAAAAUACAGCGCACAUGGAUCAUUCUAGGAGAGUUGUGACUCAUGAAGUAAUGGGACUCGGUUCAGAAAUGCCCCAGGGUGGAAAUUCCGGGCCCACUCCAAGCAGCGCGGAUAAUGGUGGUACAAAAUUCGAGAAGAUGGAUCAAGAUGAGGAAGAAGAGGGUUCAGAGGACGAACUAAUGGAAGAAAGUGGAGAAUUAGAGGUCCAGACAGAACAUAUCCCGACAAUGACAAAAGGGGAUAACCGAGACGAAGAUGUAGAAGAGGUUAAUCAUCUCCAAGUACAGAGUCAUCAUCGACAAGGGCCAAAUGCGUUCUCUGUCGCGUCUGUAGUGAGCGGCGGUACUGAAUGCAAAGACGAAGGUGGUGAACCUGGGGCUGGCUCCUCAUUAACUGGAGAUGAGAAUACAGGUGAAAGUGAAGAGGAAGAGGGAUAG